AAAUUAAAAAAUAAUCUUCAAAUUUAAAAACAAAUAGUUUAAAAUGAAGUACAUACCGAUUCACACUCAAAACACGGUGAUUACCUAUAAAAACGCGCUGUGCUCAGCUGCAACGUUUAUAGUUCUAAUUCUCAUAAUACUUUCGGUAAUGAUACCAGUGCUGUUGGUGUCGAUACUAAGUCCAUAUUCCAGCAUAGCGGAGUCGCGGGUUUUAUAUGAACAACCAAAAGUGCGUUUUCAAUUUCAAUAUUUUUUCUUGGCAGAAUUGGCUGAGGUUGAGGUUGAGGAAUCAAAUUCAACAGAUAACACAACUGAGAGAUGGAUGAUAUGCAGUACAAUGCCUCGACUUAAUGCCCAUCUACAGCACUUUACUCAUCAAUGUGAAGGUGUUCAAUUUUGGACUAAAGACUUUGAAAACGAUGGCGUUACCGACCGCGCUCAUUUCCAGUUGCAAUUGAUGACAGAACCAACAUUUAUUAAAAAAUUUGAUUUAUUGCUCUUCUUUGAGGCUAAGCUAACCCAUAAAUGUGAUUUGUUACCGCCAGCCUUGCUAAUGCAGAGUUUGACUGUACCCAUCGGUGAUACUCCAUUGUACAAUGGCCUUAUUUUAUUAAAAACAGAACUGAAACACAAACAAUAUAUUGAAUAUAGUUGCCCUUUCCCAGGUCGAAAUCUAAAAACAGAAUUUCAUGAUGUAUUGCCCAAUGGAAAUACCUCAAGCAAUUUAAAGGAAUUUGCGAUUGAAUCCAUACUAGACGAGCUCAAAAUAAAUCCUGGCUUUUUUCAAUUGUCGCUUGAAGAAACUUAUGUUCGUCCAGAACCGAAUCCCCACUUGCGUAUACAGGUCGAUAUCAAGAUAUCUCAAGUUCCAGUUCGUUAUCAUCUCAGCAUUUGGGAACGUCUGGGUCAAUUUUGGUUGUACUUCGCUUCCUUCUUUGGUAUUUCAUUUUAUGUUUUAAAUAAAAUAAAGGAUUAUUUGUUCAGCCAUCAAAUCAUACGUUCUUGGGAGAUUAUACCUUGGAAAAAGCUAUAUUGACCCGGUGAAGAAUAUUGCUUUGAUUCUGAUGACUUUUCUUUGAGAUGAAACUAAUGUGAUUCAAAAGUUAUACGUAAUUUUUAAAUAUUGUGAACUAACUGAUAUACUUAUUAAUAUACAA